AUGAUGCUGAGUAUAAAACUGUGUCAGGUACUGAACAACCUGUUAGCGAAGAAGUUUAAAUUCCAACACAUAAACCAAAAAUUGACCUCGAACCUCGAACAAAUUGUACCUCGAAAAAUUAACAAAGGUCUAUUUGCUCCAAAUUUUAAAUGGAAAUCUGGUACACCAUUUCAACCUAAGGUUCACCAGUUUUUCAGAUCUGCUAUGGUGCCGUUUCAAAAUCUUGUCAUAGAUGAGAGUUUGGCGCUCUAUGGAAAGGAAGACAUUCAUUCAAGAAAUUCAUAA